UAAAAGAGCCUCCGCAAUUCGAAUGAGACAACCAGUAAGCUUUUCGUGGCUUAUUGAGCGUUGCUGAAGUGACUUGUAAGUCGCGAGAGCUUCACCAUGGGCAAACUUCAAUCUUCUCUUGUCAUUUUGUCUGCGCUACUGUGCCUGACAUGGGGAUGGGAACCGGGACAGGAGUACGUUUACAAGUACAUCGGCCGCUCAGUGGCCGGCAUCUACAAACUGAAGAUGCAGAACGCCGUCAUCGAACUUCAAAGCCGAGUCGUCGUCCAAAGUGUCGACGAGAACAACAUCAUCGUCAAGUUGGAAAAUGGACAAAUCAGACGCACCGGUAAAUAUUUGGUGAACCCGUACCACGUUGGAGAAAAUGGCGACCAGCCCGAAGAAAUCGAAGGCGAAGAGGACGCCAUCCUCAACCCGGAAUUCCUCGGCGCUCCUUUCGGCGUCUCCCACAACAAGGGCUCGAUCACUGGAGUGCAAAUCGGUUCCGAUGAGCCUCUGUGGGUCGUCAACUUCAAGAAAAGUAUCGCCAGCCAAUUGCAAGUGGACCUGACGGGCGUCCGCAGCGUCGGCCCCGCCCCCAACUGGCAAUCAGCUCCCAAGGAUGGCGAGAGCAUCGUCUUCACCACCUUCGAGGAUUCCGUGACUGGCGACUGCAGCACCACCGUCGGCGUCAGCCGCUUGUCAGCCGUUCAGGCCUACAGUUCGGAAGCCUUCAAGUUGGGCUCGUUCGAUGCCGUCUGCAAGGGCAAGCCCGUCUACAAGAUCACCAAGACCAAGGACUUGAACGACUGCAAGAACAGCCCCGCCUGGCACUCGACCACCUCCGGCGUCCACGAAUGCGAUUUCGGCAAGGGCAACUGCGGCGAUUUCAUCAAGCGCGUUACCGAGGCCAGCUACUUGGCCUGCGGCGAUGAUUUCCCUUCGUUGACAUUCGUUCACGCCUACGCCUUUAGCGAUUUGCUGGCCCAGCCAUUCGCCACCAAAACGAAUAAAAACGAGCAGCUGCUCAACGCCGUCAUCAUCAGCCUACGAUUGGAGCGGAAGGAAGCCAUCAGCUCGGCCUUGUCCGUCUCUUCACCCAAAUCUCACGAAAGCCUGGCCUACGUUUUCGGCGACUUCCAGCAAGUCAACGGCGAUGAGACUCCGGCUCAGCCCAAUUUGGUGGACGCUUACAUGAAGAGCCCCGCUCCCGUUUCGUCUAUGCACUCCAACAUCAUCGAGGCCCUGACGGCCGUGGCUGUCGACCUCAAGGACAAGCCGGACGCCGAGCAGGACAACAUCGACCGGUUGGCCGUCACCGGUCGCGUCCUGCAGAUGUUUUCUCUCGAAGAGUUGAAAUCCCUGUGGCAGGAGAUCAAGGAUCAGGAUUCCAUCGUCGUGACGUUGUUCGUCGACUGCGUCGUCCAAUCGGGCAGCAAUCCGGCCGUCAUGUUGAUCAAAGAAUUGGUCGAAUCCGAACAAAUUACCGGAGUCAAGGCCACCUGGGCGCUGGCCGCUCUCGGCUACCACGUCAAAACCCCAACCCGUGAGCUUCUCCACGAGCUUGUCAACUUGUUGAAAUCGAGCCCUGUCCAGUCAUCCAAGACCCUCUCGCAGACGGCCAUGUCGAUGGUAGCCGAUCUGUUGAAUUCGGCCUGCGGCUCCAAAAUGGCGGCCGGCAAGAAAUACCCCGUGUCCGUCAUGGGCGACUUCUGCGAGGCCAAGGACGGCGUCAUCGUCAACGAGUUCAUCCCGCUGCUGGCCAGGGAACUGGAAUCGAGCGACAAGACCUUCGACCGCAUCGUGGCCUUGGCCACUUUCGGCUCACUCGGCCUGGAGGAAAUCCUGCCCGUCUUGUUGCCCGUCAUCCGCGGCACUCCUGGACAAUUCGACGACACCGCCGAGCGACUCCGCGCCGUUCUCUCACUCCAUCGCGUCGUCUUCACCGCCCCCGAAAAGGUCCAUCCCAUCUUGGCCAGUUUGGCUUCCAAUGUCGGCGAGCGCCCCGAGAUCCGCAUGGCCUCCCUGGGUCUCCUACUCAUGUCCAACGCUCCUCAAUCUCUUUGGCAAAAGUUUGCCGCCAACACUUGGUUCGAGCCCAGCCGCCAGGUGGCCUCUUUCACCCACAAGCUCAUCCAGUCGAUCGCCCAGGCUCCGCCCGCUUCUCCCCUGCUCAAAUCACUGGUGAAAAAGGCUAACAUCGUGUUGCCCAUCGCUAAAGCGGACGUGGCCGGUCUGCCCUUCUCCUUCGUCGACAUCAGCUCGGACCGUUUGGACGAAGGCAUCACUUCCAUGAUGCACACAGUCAGCUUGAGGGAUAGCAAUCAACAGUGGCCCGUCUACUUUGCCCACCGUUACUCUUACCAGCUGGGCCCCUUGCCCAGAGCCCCCCUCAGCAUGGCCAUGUGGAAUUUCAACAUGUCCGACCUCUGGCAAAGCAUCCUGGGCACCAUGUUCAAAUCGACCGAGAAGAAAUCGGGUAAAGAUGCCGUCAAGUCCAUCUGGGACGAGCUGAGAGCCACCGGCCGUCCUGCCGACAAACGGGCCGGUUUAUUGCACAUUAAUUACCUGGACUCGAUCAACCGGUUCAUCGACUUGGAGAAAUUGAUCGAAUCGAUCCCCACCAUCAUGGCCGGCGCUUCCAAGUACCAGAACAAGCUACGACGUCAACGCGGCCAAGUACCGCCUGCUGGCCGAGUACAACCUGCACUACGCCUCCGAUCUGGGCCUGCCCGUUCGCUUCCUGGUCACCCUGCCCUUCCUGGGCUCCGUCCAGGGUCAAGUCAAGAGCGACGGCAAGGGCGGCGUCAAGUCCGACCUAGGCCUGGCCAUCACCUGGAAAUUGACGUCCGAAAUCCGGAUGGAAUUGCCGUUCAGGGCAACUACAUCGCCACCGGCGUCGACGUCCUGGCCGACUUCCAGACGCCCAGGGAGUUCAACUUCAACUACAACACCCAGAACGGCCAGUUCAAGAUCGGCUACACGCCCAGCAGCAAAGUCACCGACUUGGUCCACUUCCACGUCCGUCCCUACACCGUCAGCCGCAACGUGGCCGACAGUCUGACGCCGACCCUGGAAGACUCCCGGGCCGUCAACAUCAUCAGCGUGACGGACAAGCCCAUCGAGCGUGAAGUGUCCCUGGGCGGAUUCAUCGGACUCGACGUCAAAUUGAUCGAACAGAGCGAAGAGGCCCAUUCCGACCGUCUCUCCUGGAUGGAAUACCUGGGCAAAUGGGACGUCAACAGCCUGUCCAACCUGGGCUUCGUCCCGCUGAGCCUGCGCAGCCGCAAAUACGUCGUCCGCUACGACCCGUCGGGCACCAACGCCAAAUCCAUCACGACGACCUACCUGUUCCAGUACGCCGUCAAGUCCAGUCAGAACAACGUCGUCUACGAGUCCGGCGCCAGUAAAUCGACCAAUCCCACGGCGGCCAACGACGUCGUUUCCUACAAGCCCAUCGGCCCCUCCUUCCGCCCGCUCCUGGCCAAGGUUUUGAAGAACAUCGAGAGCGGCAAUGCCCGUCUGGCCUCGGCCGUUCUGGCCGCCGAGCAAAAGGACGGAUCAGUGAUCCAGCUAAGCUCCGUCGUCGGAUUAUCCAAAGACACCCGCUACACCAAGGACUACAUCGACUGGCAGGUGGAGCUUAGCACCGCCAAGGCCGGCGGAGCCGAUAAGAAGAUCAACUACGCCAUCUGCUACACGGCCGUCCGCAAGUGGAACUCGCCGCCCAAUUUCGGAUUCAGCAAAAACGUCCUGGAAAUGACCGAGGAGGACAACAUCGGGUUCGGUGCCCAGUGCCAGCACAAGGUCCGCUUCACCGCCAAAUUGAGCCGCGAUAAAGAGGCCGGAGAGGCCGCCAUCCGCAGCCCGUCCGGCCAGCAGUGUCUCAAAGACAUGGCCAACGGAUUCCAGUACGGCAGCUCGGCCUGCGCCGCCGCUCGUCGCCUGGACCACACCUACAACCGCUACGAGCUCCAGUCGGAGACGGAGAACAUGAACGACAAUUGGCUCCAACUGGCCCGUCAAUUCACCGCCUGGACCAACCACAAAAUGUACCCGUUCAUCGUCAAGCACGUCCACGCCCAGACCAACACGCCCGGCCAGGCUAAAUGGCUGAUCAAGCGCGAUCCAGUUACUGGCGACAACGACAUGACAUUCGUCCGUCCUCACGAGACCGUGGUGGCCAAGAACGUCCGCUGGGCACAGAAUAACGAAUGGGCCCGUUUUUCGCCUAUGACUUUCGCCCUGUCGCAGAUUUACUAUCCGCUCAACGCCGCCAGCGAUUCGCUGACGGACUUGCUCAGCCUCGUGUCCGGCGGGGUGUCCGAGUCCAGGUGCUAUGUCGGCGACCAGGCCGUCCGCACCUUCGACGGGGCCGUCUACAACUACACGCUCAGCGAGUGCCCGCACGUCCUGAUGACCGACUGCAGCCAAAAGUCCAAAUUGGCCGUCACCGCCCGUCAGGGCGCGGACGGAAGGACCAGCAGAAUCGUCACCGUCGUCUACGGGCAGGACACGAUCGAAAUGAAUCCGUCCACCGGAUUCGUUGUCGUCAACGGAGCCAGGACGCCCACCAAGGGCCUGCCCAAGGGGGCCCACAUUGAAAUCCGCAAGACGGGAGCCUUCAGGCCGGUCGACAUUGUCGUCUACCCGCUGGCCGACGGCGGAUUCAUGCUGGAAAUCAGGAGCAUCUUCUUCUACAUGAAAGUCCAGGGAUCCAACGUCGAACUGGCGCCUCCGGUUCACAUGCGCGGAAGGGCCUGCGGCCUCUGCGGCGAUUUCAACCAGGAGCCCAACGACGAAUUCAAAACGGCUGAUCGUUGCGCCGUCUCCUCCGGCGAAAUGAUGGCCGCCAGCUUCAUGCUGAAAUCUGGCGACUGUUCCAGCGAUAGCCAAGUCUCUAGCCGCCUGUCGGAAGAGAAAGCCACUUGCUUGUCGGCCGACCAGCAGUUCCACACUCAAAUUCACGACUUUUAAAAUGAUUUGGGCUUCUUAAUUCACCGGAAUUCCCCGCAGAAAAAUGGCAUUCAAUCGACUGGAACUGGAAUCACGACACAAUCAAACUUGAAAUAUCAUUUGGAUGGUAAAAUGUUCCUUGAGAUUAUUAGACGCUCGCGUCGCAAUAAUCUCUCUUUUCGGCUGGUUAUAAUUGUGUUGCAAUUGCAUUGAUUUGAUGCAUUGACAUGUAGUUGUUCUUUUUGAAAAGAAAAAUAUAAUGACAUCACGUACA